UAUUUGUGUGCCUUGUUGCUUUCGUAACGGCCGACGAAUUUAAAAAUUUUAAGUCAACGUACGGCAAAACUUAUAAAUCCCCCAGUGAAGAAACGUAUCGCGCAAACAUUUUUUCCAAAAAUAUCAAAUCCAUUGAAAUGCACAAUGCGAGGUACGAAAAGGGUCUGGAAACGUACAAGCAGGCUGUUAAUGAAUUCGCCGACAUGACAACCGAAGAAUUUUUAGAAUAUUUAAGAUUGAGUGGACCGAAACCUAACGAAGAGAGUGCCGAAUUUUAUAACUCGAGCUAUGGCACUCCAAAUGCCAUUGACUGGAGGACAAAAGGUGCAGUAACUCCUGUCGGGCAUCAAGGACAGUGUGGAUCUUGUUGGGCUUUCAGCGCGGCUGGAAGCAUGGAAAGCAUGAAUAAAAUUCGUAAAGGCCGACUGAUCUCCUUGAGCAAACAAAAUUUGGUGGAUUGUUGUCGUCCUUUCGGCGCAAAUGGAUGCAAAGGUGGUUCUAUGUCCAGUGCCUUCCGUUAUGUGCAAGUAAAUGGAAUCAAUACUGAACAUGAUUAUCCAUAUCGAGGUGUCGAUGGACAAUGCAGAUUUCAGAAAAAUAAGGUGGCAUUAAGGAUACGUGGAUACGCCAUAAUUAGACCAGGAAAAGAAAAUGAUCUUGUGCACGCUGUUGGAAAUGUCGGUCCUGUUUCAAUUGCAAUUGCUACAACUGACAAAUUCCAAUUUUAUCAUUCCGGUAUAUUUUCGGACCCUACGUGCAACCCGCAAAAGUUGAACCAUGGGAUGUUGGCUGUUGGUUACACUGGUGAUGCGAUUAUUUUCAAGAACUCUUGGGGUACUUCUUGGGGAGAAUCCGGUUAUAUUAGAAUCAAACGAGGCUCCAAUAUGUGUGGUAUUGCCAAUAGUGCCAGUUUUCCAAUAUUAUAA